AUGCACGUGGCUCUGUGUACUGUAGCUGUGCGUGCUGCCAUGCCCACUCACCGCCAUCCCCCCCUGUGGCCAUGCAGGUGCGCACGCAGCAAGGCAGGGAGGAGGAGUGGUGCGAAGGAUGUGGCAGGGGAGGGCAGGGAGCAGCAGGGGAAGGCAGGAGAGAGCAGCAAGGGAUGGCGGCCACUCUCACUGGCCCCUCCCCUCUUCCUCGCCUGUCUGCCUCGCCUGCACAUGUCGCUUUCCAUCCGCCUCCCACUCUCUCCGCCACUUAACUUCCCCUCCGAGUCUCCCCUCCCCUCCUCUCCCCCCUCCACCUCUCCCCCUGCUCACCACUCCGCCCAUCCCCCAGCAGCCCCUCUGGUGGCGAGUUCCCAGCACUCCCAGCAGCGCCUUUGGGUGGUGUGA